GCUGCAGAGUUCAUGUGAGAACCCACUGGGAUGAUUACAUUGAGGAUCUUGUUGAAAGCUGUUUAAUUUGAAACAUGUGGUAGGAAAUGCCCUGCAUUUAAUCUCCUGUUCCAUGAGACAACAGCAUGUCUGAAAGUUUACUGGCUACUUCAGGUGCAGAUCAGACUAGAGAAGGUUGCAUCUGGCCAUGGUGCACAUCUUUUUUUGCUUGGAGGUAUUUUUGUUAACAGAUUUAUUGUCCAGUCACAGCUUUAUGCAGUUAGCCUUCGGCACUUCAUUUUUCUUUCUAUUAAAACUGAAUUAUUUCAGAUAUUCCAAACUAAGCCACACUGUCAUGAAUGAAAAAACUGCCUGGUCAUUUCUCACAUGAAAACUGUCCCACUGAGUAGUACUUCUCACCAUCUGAGCUAUAGAACAUGGCACUGAUGUUGGUGAGAAAGGAUGCUGGGUGUAUGAUGGUGGUUUUGGGGUUUUAGACUUUUUUUUUUUUUUUCUCUCAGAAGCAAAAUGAGGUGGCCACAGAGCCUCAAUGGUGCCAGCGUGGGCUGUCCUCAUUAGUGGUGUAACAAGUGCAUAAGCUGUCUGCCUUGUGGCCUGAGAAAGGAAUACAGGUGGGAAACAGAGGCACAGAAUGUUGGACAUGGGUAAAGAUGAAUAUUCAAAAGAAAACUAAUCUAAAAGACUCACCCAUAUAAACCACUGUGGCUAAAUGUACCCAAGAUUGUGAAUCUGUAGCACUCUAUCACUUCUGCAGGAAGCUGGAAGGGGGAAAGGAGCCUGAGCUCGAGUUGUGUCACUGUCAGAUAUGGCCUCUAACCACUAAAACCUCCUUCCUCUCUGGUUUCCUAGUAGGGAAAGGAAGAUUGAGCAAGUUGCUGAAAAUGUCUAAGCUGAAGGAUAUAGCACUUUAUCUGUGUGAAUGAGAUCUGCUGUUCAGAGACUGUAAGAAAUCCACCUCUUGCAUGGAAAUGGCUUUCCAUUCCUUUUAUGGGAGUGUGGUAGUGUUGACCUUGCAGAGAUGCUGCUCCUUUUGAGAUUUGCACAGCCUUGGCCACAUGUAGCAUAACAUGCCUUUGUCAGCAUGGAUCCUGAAGUGCUUUAUAGUUGUGAAAGUUUCACGCAUCAGCCAGAUCCAAGUGUGAUCGCAGAGUUUCUUAGGAAAACUUGGCAUUCCACCUCACUGAAAGAGGCUGUAAGGUGUUUGUUCUGUUCAUGCAGAACAUCUUGAAAGUCUUGAUCCAUUAUGUUUCGCCACUUAAGAGAAGGAGGAAGGAUUUUCUUUUAGAGAGUAAUAUGUGGCAGCUGGAGAAAUACUUCAGCAGCUGCAAACUUCUUUUAAAAACACCAUUUCCAUAUGAGUCUUCCAGAUGAUACAGCAGCCUAUCUGCUCAGUAGCAGAUGAUGGGAGAUUCAGCUAUAGAUAGGAACUACACUACAAACAGAAGGAAGUGGUUCAUAUUUAGGGGAGGAGAUGACAUAUAACUUAAUGGCUGCCUAAUGUUGCUUAUCAGGCUGCUAACAGAUGCCAGUGUCAUGCAGUCUAUGUGGAAUUUUUUGGCUUUGUAGGAUUUGUUAAAAUCUUUUUUGUGGACAUGUGUCAGGAGAAAUACCAGAAAAGACAGCAGCAGACCAAAACAAUGUCUGUCCAAUACCCUGUUCGGCCUGCUGUAGAGAGCAGUGUGCUUGUGAAUGUGGAGAGAUGUGCCAGCUCUUCUGUAAUACAUGGCCAGCUGUGCUGUGUUAAGCUCUGAGGAAGCUGUGUGGUAGGAGAAGGAAUGUAGGUGAUGUUCUUCCAGACCUGAGCAGGCAAUGUUUCUUCUCCAAAUCACAUCCUAUCCUACUGUUGCAGCAAAUCAGCCUUGAAUGCUGUGCUGGCCUUAUGUCAGCUUCAGGUGUUUACCAGAUCCGUUUUGUUGGUCACAAUCCUAGCCUGGUUGAUGUAUCCAUGAGAUAAGGCUCAGUGAUUUCUAGGCACGUUUUCCUUCAAAACUCCCUCUGAAAGUGUGGAACUGUUCAUGUCCCACCUCAGUCAUCCUCCCAGAGGAGCAUUUUAUUAUUGCUGGAAACAGUAGGGGCACGGAGAGCCUGCAUUGAGGCAGUAAAUGGACCUUUUACCAUUGUAUCCUGGGUUUUCUAUGGAAGCGUAAGCACUUGAUGUUGUGUGGGCAUCUUGGAAAGUUAAAGGAACUGUGUCCAGACCAGGGACCUAGUAAUGUAUUUCCUCCCCUGUAAUCUCUAGUGCUACUGUUUCACAAUCUUUGUUCUGUUCAUCCUUCAUUGCUGAUAGCACGUGACAUUUUGUAGAAACAGCUUUGUAACUUGUCAUUAACUUUCUUCCGGAGCCAAAGGAACUUAAUGCCUCUAAAGCUGCUGUUCAGAGAAUGAUAUAACUUCAUCUGGUCAUGCUUAGCUGACAGUGGGUCACCCUCAUGUGCCUUGUUGCUGCUCUUUCUGUCUCUAGACCUAUCCACAUGUGCAACUUCAGUCUUGGAGAUAAGCUUGGGAAGCCAAAUGGCUUUCAAGAUUGCAGCACAAAUUUCCUGCCUCCUGCAUUCUAGCUUCAAUUCACAAAAUGAGAUACAGCACUUGUUCUGAGAGCUGACAACAUGAGAAUUGUUUAGCAGCAAUUUUAAGUUGAAACCAGGUCUUUUGUCUUCUCAAUUUGAUGGGAGAGCAGCUUUAUUGUCUGUAAAAGGUAUUUCACCCUUGUUUUCUGUGCUUUGCUGCUAUACUGAGGAUAGAAGAUUUCUUCGCAGCUCUUGGACAUGCAUUCUUCUAAAUAUGAAGUUUGAGACAGUGUCUGGUGGCUUUUCACUGACAGCUCAAAGGAGCAUGUGUUGCCCUAGACGAUUUACUGUGCUCACUUUGUACCUGUGAUCUCUAACACACACAUUCCCUCUUUCCAUGUUUUUUUUUCUUCUGCUUAACUAGGAGCAACUGAGGCUGGCUAGGAGGGCAUGGAGUCAAGGGGUUUAUAUUCCAAAGGCUUUACUCUGAUCCUGCAACAUCACCCCAAUCAGUGUUGUUUGAAAAAAUACUUUGAAGGGUUUUCCCCCCCACCCCUGCCACAAAUUCCUUGGCUUGAACACAGGGUGAUAAAUGAGAAGGGAGAAAUGUUUCUGAAACCCAGCUAGCAAUGCACUUUGGACGUGUUUGUACAUAGCAAAGUUAUCAGUCAUUCAGUUGUUGACUCAAGGUUAUUCUGGUUUUCCAGCAUGGUUGUUCCCUGCUGAGUUACAGCCACAGAUGGUAGAACCAGAGGACGGUUUCAUCUGAGGAGCAACACAAUCUGGAGAAGAAGCUGUAGCUGGUGCUUUUCUGGGCAGUAGAUGUAUGAGAUUGUGCUAAGGUGAAAGAGGCAAAAAACCAAAACAGCUGGAGGUUUUGAUAUUUAACGCAGCAUCCCUAGCAUCAUCUGGACUGCAUUAAGGUGUAUUACGGUGGAUCUAAAAGUGAUAUAAGAAAGAAUUGCUUUUGGGAGGAGAAGUCUCCCUGCAAGGCCAGCUCUGAAGAUGUGGACUGCCAUCGUGUUCUUCCUGCUGAUUUCCUUCUGUAUAUGUGAACACAGAUUUUCUGUCCUGAAAGGGAGAGGAGUCCAUGUAGUGCGAAUAAACAGGCUGACAACUGAAAAGCAGUGCAGGCAGGCUUGUCAAAGCCCAGAUGCCUCAGGUAACCAUCACUGUAAUUGGUCUGUGCCCUACCAGAAUUGCUGCAUCCUCUUGCAGUGUCACCAGCUGAGCAUGUGCCAGAAUGCUGGAGAACAAGACAUCAAAGAUCUGCUUGGAGAAACUGUCACUGGGAAAGUGGAAAUGGUUCUGUUUCACCACCAAAGCUAUCCACAGAAAAAGGAGAGGAUGGUGAAUGCAUGGGUUGACCGACACAACAUGGAAAACCUGUUUUCUUCAACUGGAUGGACUCGCAAGAUUCACUUGAGGCAUUUGCUUUGGGAUAAGACUGAAGAUACAACAACAAAUACAAGAAAAACAGUUGCAAGCAGUUUUACCACCACCACUGCAGCAACCACUAUCAUAGCAACCACCACCACCACUGCCACAACUGUAACAACAAAUGUUACAAAUGCAACUGUCCUCACUACAGUAUAUGAAACAACUGCCAAAGCCUCAGAAGCCCCUGGAGGUUCUGAUCUCCUUGCUGAAGCCAUGUCAUCCACUGCCCCUUCUCCCACUUCCGGUAACAGCCCUGCUUCUACUUCCAGCCGUCUCAGCAGGCUUGUGACCACCAUUGAGAAAUCAGGAAAUAGUAGCUCUGUCUCAGUAUUGUCCCCCAUUUCUACUUCGGCUCCCCUCACUGUCAUUUCUGAAGCAGGUACUCAAAUGCCUCAAAUAGAGCAGUUUAACUCAGCCACCACCAGUACUCCCCGCCGUAGUAGCUCUGCCACUGUUGGCGCUGGCCUGAAGACACUGAGCACAAGAUUGACCACCCUUGUCCUGCAGAAUGCAGGAACAUCUUCCACUGCUUCCACUCAUGCCACUGCACUCACCCCCUUGGAGAGUUCGUACUCUGCAUAUCCACAGCCUGUUGUUACGUUGCCAUAUUUAGAGCCGGAAGCAAGUACGGCUGCAACAGCCUUGAGUAAAUCAACUUUUCUGGGCUCUACAAGAGGUGUUGUGGUUUUCACUACUGGCUCUACAGCAGAAACUACUACAGGGUAUGGGAAAAAGUCAACAUCUCACAUUUUUUCAACAACCAUGUUUCCAACAGAUGCAUCCGAAACAACAGCUUCAGGCACUGCAGAAACUGAAGACAUGGACAAUGAGUAUCUUCUCAUUGCUGCUGAGCCCCUGACUCAGUACUUAGUGGAUAAAAGUUUGCUUCUUGCAGUGCUUUUAGUUGGUACAUUUUUUUUCAUAAGUGUUAUAAUUCUUUUCUUUAUGCAGGCCUAUGAGAGCUACAAGAAGAAGGAUUACACACAAGUGGAUUACCUGAUCAAUGGAAUGUAUGUGGACUCAGAGAUGUGAAAGGGUGGGGGAAAAACAAUGGGCAGAGAUUUAGGAAGGAGAUUGAAGGUCUGCCUGACUUAUUUUUCUUUUCUGUUUGCCUAUAAGACGAACUGAAAGUGCUUCCAAAUUUACUUAUGGUGCAAUUGAGGAGAAAUGCCAUGUACUAUGUUGAGAAAAAAAUAUUUUUUAUUCAAUCAUGCAACAGGUUGCUGGGAAAAAAACAAACCAAACCAAAAAAACAACAACAAACAAACAUCCUAGUAAUUUUAAAAACUUCCAUAAUGCACAAUAGCUUUGGCCAUUAUUCUUCAUUGCAAAACACACCUAACAAGGGAUGAGCCAUCAUCCUCAGAAAAUGCUGUGGCACUUUUUCAAUUGUUUACAGUGCGAGUUCCUUGUGUUUCAUUUGUGGAGAGUAAAGGUGAAGUAAAGGUGAGAGUGCUCUCACCUUUCGCAAAUUGCUCUGAAAUUGACAGGUAAGAAGUGUGCAGUAUUGCUGCAAUAGGGAACUUUUAGUCCAGUGUGUGUUAUGGUUUCGGUAUGCUUCUUCCUUGUAAAGAGGUCUGUUUACAAGGCAUUGUAUACUCUGUUUACUACUAACCACAGAUUCACUAUAGAUUUCACUAUAGAGCAGAUUACUGUGCCUCUGCACUUAAAUUAUCUUAUUUUUAUAUUCACUUAAUAAAUGGGGCCCUUGAAGGGCAGAUCUUGUUGCA